CCGUCUCUAUUCUUAUGGGGAUAUUUGUUUUUACAAUUUCCUGUGUUAGAAGAUCAGUUAUUGUUCCAAUUUUACUCCGUAGAAUUUGUAAAUACCAAGGGUAAUUAGGUCAUUUAUAACCAAUGUCCUAAAUGCAGUUGUUGGUUAGCUAAAGCAAAUACAAACAGAAAUAUCCCACACAGACGUGGGGAGUGCAGAAUCCUAUCUCUAGUAGGUAUGUGUAGCAUUCUAAGAAAUCACUCUCCUCUUCCAACUCUUCCUUUCAUUCCAAGAUUCAAAGAUCAGCAAUCCUUCUCCCUCAUACUCCAACAAAAUCCCCACCUUCACCUCCACCACCUCAAGCAAAUCCAAGCCCAGCUCUUUCACAAAUCCCUCCACCAAGACAAUAUCCUCAUUACUAAGCUCAUAUCCAUCUGCGCUCUGUCUGGCGCCACCGACUAUGCUACCCGCCUUUUCGAAUCCGUCUUCCAUCCUGACCUCAUCCUCUGCAAUUCCAUGCUUAAAGCUUACACCCAGAAUGGCCUCUUUGAAUUGGCCCUCCACUUCUAUCUACGAAUGCUCGAAAGGGGUUUCUAUCCCGACCACUAUACGCUGCCUUAUGUCCUCAAAGCUUGUGCUGGUCUCUCCAAUGUGGGAUUCGGAGAACAAGUGCAUGGUAGUUUGGUGAAGAAUGGUGGUGUCUGUGAUGAUGUCUUUGUGGUGAAUUCUCUUGUGGACAUGUACUUCAAGUGCCUCCAGAGUGACGCUGCGAUGCGGGUUUUUCAGAUGAUUGCUGAGCCUAAUUCAACGUCUUGGAAUAUAGUGGUUGCGGGGUUGUUGGGCUCGGGUGAUUUGGAGUCUGCAAAGAAUUUGUUUGAUGAAAUGCCGGAGAGAGAUGUCGUGUCUUGGAAUACUCUGAUUAGCGCUCUGGCAAAGGUGGGAGAGUUGGGAAAGGCUCGGGCACUGUUUGAUGAGAUGCCGGAGAGGAAUUUGGUCACAUGGAAUGCUUUGAUUGCCGGGUUUUCUCAGAAUGGUCAGUGUGAUGAGGCGUUAUCAGUUUUCUCUCAGAUGCUGAAAUCUGGAGUUGAACCAGAUAAUGUGACGAUUCUGACAGUUGUAUCUGCUGUUGGUGGGGCCCACUCACCGGACACUGAUGCAGUCGAUCGGAUCCUCAGUUUCGCUCGGUCAUCAAACUCAAUCUCUGUCUCGACCGCAGUAUUGAAUCUUUACGCCAAGUUUGGGAAGAUUGAUGAUGCUCGAAAAAUAUUUGACGAGAUUCCUGAGAAAGAUCUGGUGACAUGGAAUGCAAUGAUCGGAGGGUACUCUCAAAAUCAAAGACCCGUUGAGGCAAUCGAGUUGUUCUGCCAAAUGCAAGCGGAAAACAGGUCUAGAGUUAAACCGGAUGGGGUGACUAUGGUUAGUUUGACUGUAUCAUGCUCGCAGAUGGGUGCUUUGGGCUUGGGUGAAUGGGUUCAUGCUUACAUUGAGAAAAAUGGGAUAGAGUUGGACGUUUUCUUGUCAACCGCCCUCAUUGAUAUGUAUGCUAAAUGUGGAGAUCUGAACUGUUCCUGUCACUUAUUCUGGGGACUGCCCAAAAGGGACCUGGCUUGUUGGAAUGCAAUGAUCAAAGGGCUGGCAAUUCAUGGGCAAGGAAAUGAGGCUCUUGAGAUCUUUUCUCUGAUGGAAAGAGAUGCAGUGGCACCCAAUGAUAUAACAUUUGUAGGUUUGCUUAGUGCUUGUAGCCAUGGUGGCUUGGCAGCUGAAGGAUUGGAGCUAUUUGAUUCAAUGCAAAGUCGAUACAGCAUUAUUCCAAGGAUUGAGCAUUAUGGUUGUGUUGUAGACCUACUUGGUCGAGCUGGGCGGUUGGCUGAAGCCUAUGAAUUUGUCAAAAGUAUGCCCGUUGAGCCUGAUGUGAUUGUUUGGGGGGCAUUGCUUGGUGCAUGUAGGUCCCACCAAAAUGUUGAAUUAGCUGAAGAAGCAGCUCGUCAGCUUGUCGAAUUGGAACCGAAACAUGAUGGAAAUUAUGUGCUUCUAUCGAAUGUGUAUGCAUCAGCAGGGAAGUGGGGGGAUGUUGCCAAGGUGAGGGCUCACAUGAAGGCCCACGACGUGCGGAAGAAACCUGGGUGUAGUGCAGUUGAAUUGGGCGGUGUCGUUCAUGAGUUUAUUGCAGGGGAUAGGUCACAUCUGAGAUCUGCAGAGAUUUAUGCGGCCUGGGAUAGGCUCGUAGAGCGGCUCAAGCUGAUUGGCUACGAGCCGGACACUGGAGCUUUGUUGAGGAACUUGGAGGAAGAGGAUAAGGAGGCGGCUUUGUAUCGUCACAGUGAAAAGUUGGCAUUGUCAUUCAUGCUCAUCAGCUCGAAAGAUGGGUCGCCGAUCAGGAUCGUGAAGAACCUGCGGAUAUGCAGUGAUUGCCAUCGGGCCAUGGAGUUGGUGUCUCAGCUCGAAGAGCGGGAGAUAAUAGUCAGGGAUCGGAACCGUUUCCACCAUUUCAAUGGUGGGCAUUGUUCUUGUGGGGGUUACUGGUGAGAUGGUAAAGGGAGAAAUGGUGAUGAAUAUUGGAUGUAUAGAGAGAUCUUUCCAACCCCUAGAAAAUGUUGUGUUUUAUAAGGGAAAAAAAAUUCAAAAAUAAAAUAAUUUAUUUUAGACUAUUAUAUAUGGACACUUUUAAAAAAUACUCAUACAUUACUGGUAAGGGGAGGGAUUUUUUCCAUCGGAAACUUGGGUUAGUAAGAAGCAUCAUCCUCGUAGGUGUGCGUGUGGCAUGUGCUGGAGUGCUGCUUGGGUACUUUAUUAGGCGCACGCUGCAGUUCACGCGUGCGCAUCAUUAAUCUCUUUGUACUGCUUUUAUGUCUUUGAAUAAAAAGAAAGAAGGGGGUCGAUUUAGGCUCCUUCCCUUCCACUGCAUAGCACCGCUAGCAGGUAUUAUCGA